CCUGCGAACUCCCAUUUUCCGUUUAGUCUGCCCUAACUUACUUUCAAAUUCUCGCCCAACAAGAUGGGAGAAAAACGGCAUGAGGAAGGCUAUGAUAUAAAUUAGGGAUUUGGGUAGUAUAAGUCUAAUAUUAAUGUAUGAGACGAUUUCUUCUCGACGCUGCAACCUCCGGCGUGACUCUGUGAUCUCCUUUCCCCGCGACCGACAAAUUCUCUCAAGUCUGUGCAGCGGGAAAGUGGGAAUGUUGGGGCGGCGAAGAGGAGAUGCGAAGGUGGGAGCAUAGUUGAGAUUAUAACUCUAACGUAGUUUUCGUAGGUUAACAGAGCAGAGUAUAUGAGCACUUGCUUUUUAGAAGGGCGGGAAGCUGCCAAGUCCCAACGGUUUCAACCCGUUCUAGGGUUUUAUUUAUCCUCCUCUUUUAUCGACAUAGAGAAAUGUUGAGCAGAAAGAGGAGGCGGGAAGAGCCGCCGUCGAUCCAUCCUCGUAAUCGCUACGCCGAAAAUCCACCGGACUUUGCGCAACUCGCAUCACUCUAUCCCUCAUUCGAGCCCUUCGUCUUCUUCUCCCGCUCAGGCCGCCCUACCAUCGACUGGAAAGACUUCAACGCUACCCGCGAACUCACCCGCGUCCUCCUUCUACACGACCACGCCGUGAACUGGUGGAUUCCUGAUGGGCAGCUCUGCCCGACGGUGCCAAAUCGAUCAAAUUAUAUUCACUGGAUUAAUGAUCUGCUUUCUUCUGAGCUUAUACCCGCAACACAUGGAUCGGAUCACAGAAUCAAAGGCUUCGACAUUGGAACUGGCGCUAAUUGUAUUUACCCGCUUCUUGGUGCAUCUUUGCUAGGAUGGAGUUUUGUUGGGUCUGAUGUAACAGAAGUUGCUUUAGAGUGGGCUACAAAAAAUGUGGAGAGCAACCCCCACCUAUUGGAACUCAUCAAGAUUAGGAAUGCUAAUGAUCCAUUUAGUUUAGGUGGUUUUACAUCGAGUAGAAGAGAUAUCACCAAUGAGAGUAAUCCCGAUCUGUGUAUUGAAGAGAACACUCAGCCUCUAUGUCAAGAUCUAAAGGAGCCUAGUGCCCUAGAUCCUCCAGUACUUGUAGGUGUUGUUAAAGAUGGUGAAAGUUUUGACUUUUGCAUGUGCAAUCCUCCAUUUUUUGAGAGCUUUGAGGAAGCCAAUCUCAAUCCUAGGACUUCAUGUGGAGGGACAGCGGAGGAGAUGGUUUGCCCCGGUGGAGAAAAAGCUUUUAUCACUCGCAUCAUUGAGGAUAGUGUUGUUCUCAAACGUUCUUUCAGGUGGUUCUCAACAAUGGUUGGGAAAAAGGCCAACUUAAAGUUUCUAAUAUCAAAGCUCCGUGAGGUUGGGGUGUCUGUAGUGAAGACAACAGAGUUUGUCCAAGGUCAAACAGCUCGAUGGGGCCUUGCAUGGAGUUUCAUUCCCCCAAGCAAGGAUUUUAUUUCAUCUAAUACACCUAUGAGAAGCCAAAUUUCCUUUACACUUGAGGGCUUGAAACGUCAGUGUGGUGCAUUUCAAGUAUUAAAAUCAAUGGAAUCUUUUUUCUUGGAUAAAGGCAUUUCUUGCAAAAUUGACCUUUCUUCCUUUUCUAUGACGGUUACUUUAUCUGAGGUACAAGUUAAUAUAGCUCCUAAAAAUGGUCUGGAGUUGUUAAAAGCUGGUGAAAACCAACCAUCAAAGUCACAAUGUGUAUUUUGUGUUUCGUUACUUGAACAGAUCCCAGGUACACUUCUUGUGAGAUGGUCAUCGUCAGCAAAAGAUAGACCAGCAGUCUCAGGUGGGUUCAAUUCGUUUUUUAAUCAGUUGGAGGAAUACCUGAGAAAGGAGUUCAGUCUCAAAGCCUGAAGCUAUCCCUCAAAAAAUAAGCUAAAGUAUUGCUAAAUGAGGUAGAGAUGGCAUCACUCUCUAGAGUACGAACUUUUAUUAAAUCCGGUGUAAGGAUGCAGAGGAACGUCCGGUUGGAGGCAAAAUUCCGCCAAAAAACUCGGUAUUUGCUUGGUACAAUUAGGUAUUAUUUGAUAUUAAUGAGAAAUACCGCUCUUUGAAGAUCAAUAUCAAAUUAUACCGAGCUGUACCGAAAAAUACCGAAUUGUACUUGGUACAACUUUUGUAUAACUCGGCAUUUCAAAAUUUAGCUCAGUAUAACUCGAUAUUGGGUUUUUAAAUGAUGGUAUUCCUCAUUAUUGUUUGGUAUUGCUCGGUAUUUACUCGGUACAACUUAUUCUUUGGCAGGAUUUGGCCUCCGAACGUUCCUCGGCGUCCGGUCAAAGGAUGUAAUAAUUUUUCAGUACAAACAGUGAAGUUUGUAUAAAUGCAUGCAUGCUCUGUUUUUUUGUUUAUUAUUUUUAUAGGUUAACAAUAUGUAAUUUUUUUUCAUGAAUAGUAAAAAAGGGGUUUUAACUUAUUGGUUU